CAUUGCGCUUGUCGCAUGUAAACAAAGCAACUCUCCCCAUACAUCGUCCGGUUUUGCGUUUCAAAUCGUGAUGCAAAGUUAUUUCAGUGUUUUACCGUAGUUUUGUGACUUUAUUUUCCGUUCUACCCGCACAAUGCUUUCCUUUUUCCGUAAGAAAACCUCAGAAGAUCUGACCGUCGGGUCACCGUCGGGUUCGAAAGGUAGUCCGCUGGUCGGCUCAAAUGGAGCAGUGCCUCCUGCACCAACUCUGCAAGAAUUGGGCUAUCGAAACGCGAACGAUUUAAGAGAAACUAUAUACGACAUUCUGCGUACAAUUCGUGACCCGGAAAAGCCCAACACUCUGGAGGAUUUGGCCGUCGUGUACGAGGAAGGCAUAUUCGUGAACGAGCCGACCCCAAACAACGUAAAUGUUGUGCGGGUCGAGUUCAAUCCAACGGUACCGCACUGUUCGCUAGCCACACUAAUUGGGCUGUGCAUAAGGAUGAAAAUUGAGCGAAAUAUCAAUCAUAAUUUGAAGCUGGAUAUAUACAUCAAGAAAGGUGCCCACGCGACGGAAGACGAAAUUAACAAACAGAUCAACGAUAAGGAACGAAUAGCAGCGGCAAUGGAGAAUCCCAACCUUAAACAGUUGGUUGAAAACUGUAUCAAAGAGGAAGAUUGAAAGACUGACAUUGGAGAGGUGCAAUAAAUCGUUGUUUUUUUUUUCGGAUCUUAAAUUGAUCUGUACAUCGUGGACUAGCGCGGUAAGACGGUGUAAGAUAAUUGUUUGUUGGUAAAAUAAAUAGUUUCUUAUGUAAUUUUGCAGAGUAGAACUUGGUGGAGGAUAA